AUGCUUAUUUAACUUAUAGCAUUUUUAUUAAUAUUGUAGAAAAGCUUUUUUCAUGAAACAAUAAACUCAGCAGAUGAUAUAUUUGAUAAUCAUAAUUACGAUAAUAUAAAGGAAAAUAAAGAAUUUCUUUAUAUACAUUUAAUUCCUCAUUCACAUGAUGACAUGGGUUGGAUUGAAACAGUCGAUUAAUAUUUUAUUAAAUAUGACGGUGUUUAAGAUAUCAUAAAUCAUGUUAUAGAUGAGUUGGAAAAAAAUAAAAAUAGAAAAUUUAUACAAGUAGAAACAGGCUUUUUAUAUAAGUGGUGGUAGUAAGCAAGUGAAUAAAGCUAAAAUCGUUUAAAAUAAUUAGUAAAAAAUAAAUAAUUUGUAUUUAUAAGUGGUGGAUGGGUAAUGCAUGAUGAGGCUACUUGCUAUUAUGAGGAUAUAAUAGAUCAAAUGACAUUAGGACACCAAUGGCUAAAGAAGUAAUUUGAUGAAAUCCCUACUAUUGGUUGGUAAAUUGAUCCUUUUGGACAUUCAAGUACAAAUGCAAUAUUAUUUAAUAAAUUUGGAUUUAACGGAUUAUGGUUUGCAAGACUUCACUAUGCUGAAAAUGCAUAGAUGAUGAGCCAAAAAAAUUUAGAAUUUAUUUGGAAACCUGAAUCAACAGAAAAAGAUGAUAGUAACAAUAUAUUCGUUUCUAUUAAUUAUUCACAUUAUAAAACUCCUACACCAGAUUUUAAUUUUGAAAGAAAUUAUAUAUAAGUAAAUAAUGAAAAUCUUAAAGCUAAAAGUGAUAUAUUUGCUUAGUACUUCAGACAUAUGUCUGGUCAUUAUAAUACUAAUCAUUUAUUACAUACUAUGGGAGACGAUUUCACUUAUGGAAAUGCUAGUAAUUGGUAUUAAAGUAUGGAUAAAUUAAUAGAGUAUAUAAAUUCAAAUAAAUAAAAGUAUAAUAUGGAAAUUUUGUAUUCUACCCCAGAAUUAUAUUUGGAGAAAGUUAAUUAGACAGAAUUAAAGAAAUAAUUAUACAUACAUAGUUAAGAUUUCUUCCCUUAUGCAGAUAAUUAAUAUUCUUAUUGGACAGGUUAUUUUACUUCUAGAAUCGCAUUUAAAGGUUACACUAGAAAUUCAGGAAGAUAUUUAUAACAUGUAAGAAGUUUUCUUUAUUUAGUCGAAAUUUUAAAAAAUUCUGAUUUCUUAAAUAAACACAAUGAGCUUUUUAGAUAAAAACUUUAUUAAUUUGAAUAAGCUAUGGCCGUAGCAUAACACCAUGAUGCUGUUACUGGAACUGAAAAAUAACAUGUAGUAAAUGAUUAUACAAAAACCUUACAUAAUAGCAUUUCUUAAUUAAAUGAAGAAGUUUUGUAUUUAGUUUUAAAAGAGUAGACUGAAAAAAGCUUUUAAGAAAAAGAUAUUAAUUACUCGUAAUGUUAAUGGAAUUCUACUUUUUGCUAAAACCUUUUUGAUUAUUUAUCCAAUAAUUAAACGAUUAUAUUUAAUAUUUAUAAUCCUACAGUCGAAAGAGAUAUUACUAUUUAAAUUAAAGUUCCUUAAUCUGCUUCGUUUAGUAUGCUUUCAUCUAAUAAUAAAUAUAUUAAAGGUGAAUUAUUUUGUAUUGAAGCGAGUCACUGUGAUUUGUAUUUUUUUGAUAAGUUUUAAGCGUAUUCUUCUUAAUAUUAUAAAUUGAUUCCAAAUGAUAUUACCUUAAAAAUAGAUAAAGUAAACUAAAUUGAAAUAAAAAAUAAUGAAUAAAGAAGAAUAGAAAUAUGGAAGGAUAAUUUCCUUGAAAUAAAUAAAAAUAAUGAAUUUAAUUUAAAUGAAUAAAAUUAUUUCAAAAUAGACUAUUAAUAUUAUAAAUCUUAUUAGGAUUUUGGUCAAAAAUCAGGUGCAUAUAUAUUUAGACCUGCUGAAAGUAUAAAAUAUCCUUAUUCUGAUUUUUAAAAAAAGUAUUUAUAUGAUGGUUAAUUUGUCACAAUAAUAUAUAUGUAAAGUCCAAAUGUAGAUGUAUAAAUUAAAAUAUACAAACUAUAAACUGAUUAUGAUAAAAAUGUUUUUGAAUUAGAAACAUAUUUAAAGGAAAUUCCGAUUUCAGAUUAAUAAGGAAAAGAAGUUGUAUUAUUAAUUAAUACGAACUUAGUGAAUAAAGAUGUAUUUUAUACUGAUUCAAAUGGAUUACAUAUAUAAAAAAGAAAAUUAAAUAAAUAUUAAAGUGAUUAAAAAGUCAGUAGCAAUUAUUAUCCUGUAAAUACAAUACUUUAUAUUGAAGAUGAGGAAAAAAAAUAAAGAGUAGGAUUAAUAAAUGAUAGAGCUUAAGGAGGAACCUCUUUAUUAAAUGGAUAAUUAGAACUCAUGAUACAUAGAAGAAUAUUAUAAGAUGACUCUAGAGGUGUUGCAUAAAAUUUAAAUGAAUUAGAUGAAGUGAAAAAAUCAUAAGGAUUAGAAUAAAGAAUAAGACAUUUUUUAGUUUUUUAGAGCGAAAAAGAUAUUUAAAAUAUAAAUAUUAACUUGAUGAGAAAAAUGCAGUUAAACUUUGAAAUGAGCCCUUUAAUAUUUUAUUCAGCAUCUAAUAGUUAAUAAUUUUAAAAUAAUAAAGAAAGUGAGAAGAUAAAUACACUUUUAUAAAAUAAAAAUGAAUAUAUUAAGAUUUAUAUUCAAAAAGUAGAUGAUUUUAAUGAUUUGGAUUAAAUUUAUUUGCUUAGAUUAUGUAAUUUAAAUGAUAAGAAUAUAUCAUAUUUUGAAUUACAAAAUAAUAUUUAAAUUGUUAAUCAAGUUACUUUAAAUGCUAAUCAAACAGUAGAAAAUUGGGAAUAAAAAAAAUAUCAAUGGACAAAAGAUUAAUAUAUAUAUAAAAAUACUAAAUAAUGGAAAAAUUCUAAUAUAAGUAAAUAUAAAAUUAGCAUUUUUAUAUUAUAAUAUUUUUUUAUUUUAUAAACUAGUAAAUGGAAGAAUUUUCAUUCAACCUUUAGAAUUAUUAGCAUUCAAAGUUAAAAUAUAAAAUAUUUGAAAAGAUACAUAUGA